UCCAGUGGUGCUUCAGGAUUCUCCAUAGAGUCUGCUAGAAGCAUGCAGUCUGAUGAUUUCUUUCCUAGAAAAUACAAAGUCAUUAAUGGUAACAUGGGGCCUCCAAUUCCUUCUGGUACACCGUGCAAAUCUGACAGCAGCAGUCAGCUUAAUGGCACACCUGCCAUGCCAAAGAUGGGUGUGAGGGCAAGAAUCUCUGAAUGGCCUCCAAAGAAAGAAUUUGCAAAAGAAGGAGCAAAUAGUAACCUAAUGACAUGGGAUAGCAGGUCAUUAGCCAGUUAUGAAAAUGUUUCCAUGAUGAGAGGUAGUCAAAAUGGACAGAGUGACCAAAGUGUUGAGGGUCUGCCUGAGGAGAACCCGGAUGUUGCUGAGGAUUUGGAAUUCGCAGAUGCGAGAUAUAUUUUUGGCGAUCUCUUCACCAGAUCUCCACACAGGGGCCUUCACCCGAUAAGGCAGAGGAGCAACAGUGAUGUUACGAUCAGUGAUAUAGAUUCUGAAGAUGUUCUUGAUCAGAAUGCAGUAAAUCCAAACACGGGUGCUGCUCUUCAUCGCGAAUAUGGAAGCACUUCUUCAAUUGACCGACAGGGUAUAACUGGUGACAGUUUCUUUGCCAUGCUUCGAGGAUAUAGAAGUGAAAGUGAGGACCCGACGAGCCCUGGCCCACUUGGGCUUAGUGAUCUAUUGCGCUGUGAUUCUAGAAUGUCGCCCAGUCUACAAGCAGCAACUCAGAUUUCCCGAGCUGAAUUUGUCAGAGUUUCGGGAUAUGAUUAUGUGGAUAGUCCACUUUUUUUUUGCAAAGAUAGCGAUAAGCCAUUCAAACGGAGAUUGAAACCUGAAACAAUAGAGGCAUCUCUUUUUAGAAAGUUGAGAACUGCAAAAAGUGACCAUGAAGCUUUAAGGUUCUCUUUCGAGCAGGAGGAGAACAGAUUGGAAAAAAGCAACCAACUGUGGAUGUGUCAUAAGUGUUUUGCACACUAUGAUGUACAGAGCAUUUUGUUUAAUAUAAAUGAAGCAAUGGCAAACAGAGCUAAUGUAGGGCAAAGAAAAAACACAACCACUGGUGCAUCCGCAGCUUCACAGCAUCCAAUUCCAGGAGGCUACUCUGCAAACUGUGAGUCUCCAACAGGCAGCAAAGAGGAAUUAAACUCAAAGGAGAAUUUGGAUUCUGAUGAGGGAGAUGGGAAAAGCAAUAAUUUGACAUUGGCAUGCCCAUACUUCAGGAAUGAGAUUGGCGGGGAAGGGGAGAGACGCAUCGCACUUUCCAGGGCUAACUCCUGUUCAUUUACUUGUAGUGAAAGCUGCUCCUUUGAGUCCUCACUCAGUUCUCACUGCACGAAUGCAGGUGUGUCAGUAUUAGAAGUACCAAGAGAGAAUCAAGCAAUCCAUCGAGAGAAAGUGAAGCGAUACAUCAUAGAGCACAUUGAUCUUGGAGCAUACUAUUAUCGUAAAUACUUCUAUGGGAAAGAACAUCAAAACUACUUUGGAACAGAUGAAAGUCUGGGUCCUGUGGCGGUCAGCAUCCGGAGGGAGAAGCUAGAUGAAUCAAAGGAGAAAGAUGGGCUACAGUACAACUAUCGUAUAGCUUUCCGGACCAGCGAACUUUCCACUCUGAGAGGUGCUGUGCUAGAAGAUGCUGUGCCAUCCACAGCUCGACAUGGCACAGCUCGAGGUUUGCCAAUGAAGGAGGUACUGGAAUAUGUGAUUCCUGAGGUGAAUAUCCAGUGCCUUCGGGUAGCUUCAAAUUCUCCCAAAGUAAUGGAACAGUUGCUGAAACUUGAUGAACAAGGGCUAAGCUUCCAGCAUAAAGUUGGAGUCCUAUACUGUAAAGCAGGCCAAAGCACAGAAGAGGAGAUGUAUAACAAUGAGACGGGAGGUCCAGUGUUCGAAGAGUUCCUUGAUCUCCUUGGCCACAGGGUGAGAUUGAAGGGCUUCAGCAAGUACAGAGCACAGCUGGAUAACAAAACUGACUCCACAGGAACACAUUCUCUAUAUACUACAUACAAGGAUUAUGAAAUCAUGUUCCACGUGUCAACGAUGCUUCCAUACACACCCAACAAUAGGCAACAGCUCUUAAGGAAGAGACACAUAGGAAAUGACAUAGUCACAAUUGUCUUUCAAGAGCCUGGAGCACUUCCUUUCACUCCUAGAAACAUCAGAUCCCACUUUCAACAUGUUUUUGUCAUUGUCAGAGUUCAUAAUCCAUGCACAGAGAAUGUCUGCUACAGUGUGGCUGUAUCCAGGUCUAAAGAUGUGCCUCCGUUUGGCCCACCUAUUCCCAAAGGAGUCACCUUUCCAAAGUCAGCAGUAUUCAGGGACUUUCUUCUUGCCAAAGUUAUCAAUGCAGAAAAUGCAGCACACAAGUCUGAGAAGUUCCGGGCAAUGGCUACCAGGACAAGGCAGGAAUACUUGAAAGAUUUGGCAGAAAACUUUGUUACCACAGCUACAGUUGAUUCUUCAGUGAAAUUCAGUUUCAUCACACUUGGGGCAAAGAAAAAGGAGAAGUCAAAACCCCGGAAGGAUGCGCAGCUGUACAGCUUUGGAGCUAUUGUGUGGAAUGUCCUUGCUCGAGACUUUGGCCAGUCUAAUGAUAUUGAAUGUAUUGUUGGAAUCUCAAAUGAGUUCAUCGUGCUUGUAGAGAAAGACUCUAAAAAUGUAGUUUUUAAUUGCUCAUGCAGGGAUGUCAUUGGCUGGACUUCUGGCUUAAUGACCAUAAAGAUUUUUUAUGAAAGAGGAGAAUGCAUCCUGCUGUCUGCUAUGGAAAGUUGUGCAGAUGAUAUCAGAGAAAUCGUACAGAGACUUGAGUUAGUGACCAGAGGCUGUGAAACAGCAGAAAUGACUCUGAGAAGGAACGGCCUUGGACAGCUAGGAUUCCAUGUUAACUUUGAAGGUAUUGUGGCAGAUGUUGAACCAUUUGGAUAUGCUUGGAAAGCUGGCCUGAGGCAAGGGAGUCGUCUUGUUGAGAUCUGCAAAGUAGCGGUGGCAACCUUGACCCAUGAGCAGAUGAUCGACCUUUUACGAACCUCGGUGACUGUGAAAGUGGUGAUUAUUCAGCCUCAUGAAGAUGGAUCACCCAGAAGAGGCUGCUCAGAGCUGUACAGGAUACCAAUGGUUGAAUACAAAGUAGACAAUGAAGGUACUCCUUGUGAAUUCAAAACCCCGUUCAGAAGAAACACUACUUGGCACCGAGUGGCCACACCAGCGGGGCAGCCACUCUCCCGAUGCUCCCCAAUACAAGGAGCAGCCGACAGGCUUCCGUCGCAGCAGAUGUUGCAGCAGGUCCGUUCAGCUAUCCCUCGCAGUACAUCUUUUGACAGAAAGCUGCCAGAUGGUGUGAGAUCCAUGCAAGAUAUGGAAAAUGCUCAGCUAGCGCAAUCCAAUGUUGCUGAUGCCAGUCAGCAUUAUCGAAACUCCCCCAGCAAUCAGUCAUCUUCGAGUGAUCCAGGACCAAGUGGCAGCAGUCAUUGGAGACAGCAGUCCGGAUAUGAUGGGUGCCAAUCCCCUGUUUUACACGAUCAUCAAGGUUCAACCAGUGCUCUGACAGAAUAUGACGCACCAAGAGAACGAGAUGGCACAUUGGAGAGGACCAGAAGUGUUGAGCCCAGAUGGCAUGUCCCAUCAACAAAAAUCCUGAAUUCCUACAAGGGACUGCAAAGGGAAAGCAUUGGCAAAGAAUCUCCAAAUAAGAUUUUACAUAUUACCGAUAAUAAUUGCUCAAGCCAUUCCAGCAGCAAUACUCUGUCCAGUAAUGCAUCCAGCAAUAGUGAUGAUAAACAGUUUGGUUCUGGUGACUUAAUGGACCCGGAAUUGCUGGGCUUGACGUACAUUAAAGGGGCCUCCACUGAUAGUGGGAUCGACACAGCUCCAUGUAUGCCACCACCAUUGAUGGGCACGGUUCAUUUAACUGGCAACAGAUCAGCUGUACAAAGCAGGGCAGAGCAGAUGGUACAGUGGGUGGAUCAUUGUGAAGAUGGAGGGCCUGAAGAUGGACAAGCAAAAUCAUACAGCGUUCAUAACUACACUGCUGCAAUUUCUGCCAGCCUUGCUACCCAAGGAAGUACCGGUGAUCUCAGUGAGAUCUCCUCACAUUCCAGUGGUUCACAUCAUUCAGGAAGUCCAUCACCACGUGUUUCUAAAACCAGUGGAUCACUUGAUGCCUCCAAGGUCUAUAUAGUGUCUCAGAACAGCCCUCAGCAAGUCCUAGGGUCAUUGUCUGGAUCGUACCAUCACCAGGGCGCUGUUAACAAAUAUGUCAUUGGCUGGAAGAAGCUGGAUGGAAGCCCCACACCAGAAGAGUCAGAGAUUGCAGACUGCAGAAGGAGACUGUAUGGUGAUGUAACAGAACUAUCAACUUCUAGCCAACAUCAGGCUUCAGCAGAGGACCUGAAUCCUAUCAAUAAACCGCAGCAAACAUUUACCAAGGAGGAGUUUCUGAAGCUGAUGCUGCCAGACAGCCCUCCUUUGGAACAGAGAAGAAGGAAGAUUUCUGUUUCUGGGAACUUAUCACCAAGGAAGUCUCUGUAUCGCACACUCUCCGAUGAAAGCAUAUGCAGUAAUCGGCGAGGAUCUUCUUACAACAGCUCCCGAAGUUCAGUGCUUGAACAGGCACUGCCAAAUGACAUCUUAUUUAGCACCACUCCACCAUACCACUGCACUCUACCCCCACGUGCCUCACUCAGCCCCAGCGCCACUGGCCUACGAACUGAAUUCUGGUUCUCUGAUGGAUCUCUAGUGGAUAAGUCAAGGUUUACAGAUCCUGGCUUGAUGCCUCUUCCAGAUACUGCUUCUGGAUUAGACUGGUCAAACCUUGUAGAUGCUGCACGAGCAUUUGAAGAUCAGAGAGUGACUUCCUUCUGCACACUGAAUGAUAUGCGGUCAACACAGAGCAUGGAGGGUUCUGAGGAACUCGGCCUACACGUUGGCCAGGCAGACAGAAAGGAUCAUUCUGAUGAUACAGAAGGAAGCAGUGCCAAUACGAUCACUGGGAAAGUGAAUCAGCUGGAGACCAUUCUCAUUCAGCUUCAGGAUGACUUGCGAAAGGAAAAGGAAGACAAGGCAAUGCUGCAGGCUGAGGUUCACCACUUGCGACAUGAUAACCUGCGGCUUCAAGAGGAGUCCCAAACUGCUGCUGCACAGCUAAGGAAAUUUACUGAAUGGUUUUUCAACACUAUUGACAAGAAAUCCUGAUAAAUGGAUUCUGAGGAUCAUAAUAAAACGCACUAGGUGGAAAAUUAAUUAAUUCCUAGAAUGUGAUGCUAAUCUGUUCAGAAAUAGGUAUAGGUGUUGUAGCUAUAUUUGUGUCUGAUUCUGUUCACUUGAACACACCAAUGACAAGAAUACAAUUAACACAACAGUUGAACUUGCUAAAGACUCGCAGCCUCUUGUACUAUAAAAUAAAAUCUU